GAGAGAUCCAGCAGCUGGUAGUGAGUUGCUAGAGCGCCGAGCAGGCAGCAGCCAGCGGCCAACACAGCUCACGCAUUUCCCACUUCCAUGUGAGACAAACUGAGCCGUCUACCUUAGAGGCGACUGAAAAAUAUGUUGUUCGGACGCCUGACGUGUCACCGCAGCGGCUUUUGAGUCACCAUUGUCACCCGGUUUUCAUUUUGGAGGAUUCCUCCCUCCAUCCUCCUGAUCGCACCGAACAGGCAAUGACAACGGUCUCAGCAACCCCGCAGCAGAUGAGGGACCGGCUGCUGCAGGCCAUCGACAGUCAGAGCAAUAUAUGCAAUAUGGUGGUUGUAUUGGAGGUAAUUGCCUGUCUUGAGAAAUAUCCUAUCACCAAAGAAGCACUUGAGGAAACCCGACUGGGAAAGUUGAUCAAUGACGUAAGGAAGAAGACCAAGGAUGAAGAUCUUGCAAAGCGUGCUAAGAAACUCUUGAGGAACUGGCAAAAGCUGAUUGAACCAGGGCCAGCUGUGGCUGCAAGUGCCCCUGGGUCUACCAAUGGCAGUUCUCAUCCCUGCAGAACAGAUGUCUCUCCCCCUGACAUUUCUGUGUCAGGGAAGGGUGUCACGGAAGUCAAAAUCAGAAAUGAUGUUCACAACACAUACUCACCAAAAGCUGAAAAAUCAAGCAGUCGCAAGCGCAGAGCAGAGCACAGAGACAGUGGAGUGCACUUACCAGAAAAAAUCUCCAAACUGUCUUCAUAUGAUAACUCUGUUUCACCACCACCCACCAACGGGAUUGCAGGCAGUCCAGAUGCCCUGCCUGACCAGGAGGUCGUCCCAUCUCCUGACAGAUCUCGGAUAGAGCACCUUGAUAAUGAUAAAAUCAACAAAUUAACUAUUCCGGUUAAUGCUGUCAAGCCUCGCCCCAGCUCCCCUGGAGUGGCCAAACUACCCAGCACUUCCUCUUUGAUCAAGGUUGCUGUGAUGCAACAACAAGCUAGAUUGGAUGAAGGGGGAGGAGGGGGCUAUUAUCAAGCAAAAAGUCCCCGUGGCCUCACUACCAGUCCAAGGAGCAUGAAGCAGGACACAGUGACCAAGCGCUCGUCAGUAUAUGCACCAAAAGGAACACCUGUCCCAAGCCCUUCCUCUAGGGACUCUCCCUUGUCUUUGUCCCAGCCUGUGUCCUCCCCAGCCCAAGCAUCUUACGCUGACAAGCUGCCACAUUCUUCUCAUAGGUCCUCAAUGCACUGGGCCAGUACAUCAGAAGUCCCCUCUCAUUGCCCACCACAAGACAUAUCUGCAACACUGGAAUCUCCAUCAGUCUCCCCCUCAACCUCUCUUCCCCAACAGAACUCAGAACCACACAGACCGACAUCUGAGGGAGCCAUGGCCAUGUCUGAUGACACAGACGGGACAUUGGCCUCUAACUCAGAGCAUAAAAGGAGGAAGUACAGGUCUAGAGACUACUCUGUCAACUUAGAUGGUCAGAAAAUAGAGGACACGACUAAGCCUGUACGGUUAAAAGAACGUAGACUAACAUUUGACCCUGUCACAGGUCAGAUCAAACCUCUGGUACAUAGAGAACCUUCUCAAACAGAGGAAGCCCCCACCCCUGACCUUUCUGAGUAUAGGCAGAGAACUGAAAGCACUGUACAACAUCCCGCUGCCCCAGCCCCGGCUCCAGUCCCAGUCCCAGUCCCAGCCACAGCCACAGCCCCAGGCUCAGCCCCAGGUCCAGUCCCAGGCCCAGCCCCAGGCCCCAGCCCUAACCCUUUCCACCAGACAAACUGGAAGGAGCUGUCCAGAAAUGAAAUCAUCCAGUCCUACUUGAACCUUCAGAGCAACAUGCUCACCUCCUCGGGGGUCCAGGCCCCUAGUGCACACUUUUUCAUGUCAGAGUAUCUGAAAAGGGAAGAACAGGAGAUUAAAGAGUCAAGGAAAACACAUGUUCUGCAGACGGACAGCUCAGUAGGGGAUUUACCAGGCCUGAGCCGGGAGGUGACGGACGAGGACCUGGCUAGGAUACACACACAGCACUGGCCAGGGGUGAAUGGUUGUUAUGAUACCAAGGGUACUUGGUAUGAUUGGACAGAGUGCAUAUCAUUGGACCCUCACGGGGAUGAAAGCAAAUUGAACAUCCUGCCAUAUGUUUGCCUAGACUGAGGGGUUUGGGACGGUUGUUGUCCUCCUCCACUCCUUGUCUUGUCUCUCUAAAGAGACGAGAUACUUUGUGAUUUUGUUUGUCCACUGUGAGUUUGGCAAAAGCCAGGCCUGCUAAACUCUCCCAAUGCCUCUUCCUCUUUCUGUGAUAAUCUAUUGAGAUUUUGGUAUAAAAAAGAGUAAAUAUUAAAUGAAUAGUUGAGUUUGUAUACCAAGGGCUGUUUCUGUUUUAUUUUUCAAACUGAAAGUCACAGGAAUGAUGAGGCCCUAGCUGCAGAGUGCUGGUACUAACACAGAAGGCCGAAAAGGGAAGGGCAGAAUUAUCCCAGACGGCCAGAAAUAGUGUUAUGAUGUGAAAUUUCAAUGUUUUAAAUUGUACCCCUGUUUCAGGCUCAUUGGGAUGAUACUGCCCUCUUCUUUUACCUUUUAAUUCCUAAUGAGGAUUUACAAUCUAGUGUUAAAAUUUGAGGGAAGGCUGGGGUUUAGCUGUCCUGUCCAGACCGCCAUGUUGGUGCCCAGAAAAGGUGUUGAUAGAGUUCAUCUAGCACAGGUAGAGCUGAACAUGUCCAGAGUAUGAAAUACUGGAGCAUAUUUGGCAGUUACAAGAAGCUUUAUGUGAGAUAUAAAGAGUAAAUUAUAAAUUUCGUAUCAUGUAUACAUCUAUUUAUUUUUGACCAGUUCAUCAAAACAGAUGUUCAAAAACCUAUAGAUUUCUUUUGUUUUUCUCUGUUUGCUUCACAGUGUUGUCAGCCUAAUCUUCAAUGUUAAAGGGGGCAUACAAAUGUUUUUGCAUGGUCUUCAAGAUAGGCCGAUGCAGUUUGGUUGUUAACAUUCCAUACACCCACCCUUCACCCACUUUCACUCUCUCUGUUAUAUCUCAUAGCUCUUUAAGUCUGUGUAAUCUCAACUCAAGAAAAAAUUAUUCUGCAAGAUUUUUUGGUUUCACAUUGUUCCAUCAAAAAUGUGUGGUGCUACUUCAAAAUUUGAACUUUGCCAUAGUGAAAAAUCUCACCACACACUAAUUCUCUCCCAAGCCCAAAAAUGUUACAUCAGAUGGUGCUGAUCAAUACUUGCAUUUGAGAGGGAAAAAAAACAACAAGGAUGUUUGAAUGCUGGAACUCACUUUGUUUCCAUUCCUUUAGAUAUUUUUUGCCUUCUGAAAUUCCUUCACAGUAUUUUUCUAAGUUAAACAGCCUUAGUGAAUGUACAGGAUUGAGACCUCUUAUGCACUUGUACAUAAGUUGACAACUUGUUGGUUAUUUAAUCGCUGACUUGAUUCAAGUGUGAAUAGUGACUGAUGCUCUAAUAAAUUACAGUUAUGUGCCCGUAGUUUAUUCAGACACAUUAAAAGUUCUUUCAGCUGCUUUCAAGAGUUUAGAAAACAGUUAGGCUGCCGUUUGAGGUAGCAUUUGUAUGUCUAUUAUUUUUUCCUUCCAUUUUUUAAAUACAGCAGACACAAAAGGGAGAGAGAAAGCUGUGUGCAUCAGAUAUUCUUGGCAUUAUCCAUGUGACAACUAUUACAUAAUUUUGAUUUCCCUCAUUUUGAUCAGUCACUACCACUUUUUUUUUUCCCUCACAUGAUUUAAAUUAAGAUUGGCCUCUGCGCAGCCUCUCUGUCUCUUCGUUCUUUCAGUCAUUCAUCCCUACCAAUGUGCCUUGGUAAAUGGUUAAUCUGGAUUUGCUUCCGCAUAAAACACGCCUGUCCGCGGAGCUGGGUUUAUGUGCGAGAAUUCCAAAUCCCGUGAUCAAUACGACGCUGGUAUAUGCACCGUUUCUGUUAACUUUUUUGUACACAUUGACCUAGCGGAGGGUGAAGCUGCAGACAAUGACUGCACAACAACACAGCUGGCAAUAAAGGAAAAGUGCUACAACUGGUUGAUAAGAAUCUGUUUUCUGGAGUUUUGACUGGGGCAUCUUUAUUUGUUCAGUGUUUAACAUCUCUCAAUUGUUUGAAAAAUAAAAUGAUCUAAAUCUUCA